GGGGAGUGGAGGAGACUCGCUAGUCUCACUGCGCAUGCGUCGUGCUUCUGGGCUGGGGACUGGAGAACCGGGGAGGGGGAGUAAAGAUGGCGGCGUCCAGCGCCAGUCUGUGAGUCAGGCAGAGACAUACGGCGCAGUGACAAGAGACCACGGACUGGGAUACGGGAUAAGGUCACUCCGGGACAGCUACAGCCGCGCAGCUACGGGAGGAGGAGGGGGACGGUCUUCAUGCAAAAUGAAUAUAAUUAGAGAAAACAAGGACCUGGCCUGUUUCUAUACAACAAAGCAUUCCUGGAGGGGAAAGUAUAAAAGAGUAUUUUCAGUGGGAACUCACGCCAUAACAACCUACAACCCCAACACCCUUGAAGUUACAAAUCAGUGGCCUUAUGGAGACAUUUGUAGUAUCAGUCCUGUGGGCAAAGGGCAGGGAUCAGAAUUUGCCCUUACAUUUCGGAAGGGUAGUGGGAAGAAAUCUGAAACAUUAAAAUUUUCUACAGAGCACAGAACAGAACUUCUGACCGAAGCCCUGAGAUUCAGGACAGAUUUUGCUGAAGGGAAGAUUACUGGAAGGAGAUACAAUUGCUAUAAGCAUCACUGGAGCGAUACUAGGAAGUUGGUCACUCUGGAAGUGACCCCUGGCAGUAUAGACCAAAUUGAUCCAACGAACAAUCGAAUCCUCUGCUCUUAUGACUAUAGAAAUAUUGAAGGUUUUGCAGAGCUUUCAGACUACCAGGGAGGGUUCUGCAUUCUUUAUGGAGGCUUUAGUCGACUGCAUUUGUUCGCUACAGAACAAAGAGAUGAAAUAAUUAAGAGUGCCAUAGAGCAUGCUGGAAACUACAUAGGGAUUUCCCUGAGGGCAAGAAAGGAGCCUGUGGAGUUUGAACAUUUUGUGAGCCUUCGUUUGGGGAAAUAUAGCAAUGAUGAGUCUAUCACCUCGUUAGCAGAAUUCAUUGUUCAAAAAAUCACACCAAGACAUAUGGAGCCAGUGAAAAGAUUAUUAGCACUUACUGAAACAUGCCUAGUGGAACGGGACCCAGCAACCUACAAUAUUGUAACACUAAAACCACUAGGAGAGAUUUUUGCACUUGUAUAUGACCCUGAAAAUCCUCAACUCUUUACCAUUGAAUUCAUCAAAGGGCAAAUUCGUAAAUAUUCUUCAACUGAAAGAGAUUCCUUGUUGGCGAGCCUUUUAGAUGGUGUCAGGGCUUCUGGCAAUAGGGAUAUUUGUGUCAAAAUGACCCCAACUGCGAGAGGCCAACGGUGGGGACUCAUGAGUGUGCCGGUGGAUGAGGAGGUAGAAAGUCUUCACUUAAGAUUCCUUAACACUCCUCCAAAUGGAGUCUUUGCAGAUGCAGUCUUUCGAUUCAACGCUAAUAUCUCUUACAGUGGAGUUCUGCAUGCUGUAACACAGGAUGGCCUAUUCUCUGAGAACAAGGAGAAGUUAAUCAAUAAUGCCAUAACUUCCUUACUUUCCCAAGAAGGAGACCAGACAGCAUCUAAUGCAGAGCUGGAAAGCCAGUUCCAAGCAGUCAGGCGAUUAGUAGCUUCAAAAGCUGGAUUCCAGGCCUUUACUCAGCUACCUAAGUUUCGGGAACGUCUGGGGGUAAAGGUAGUGAAGGCUCUAAAGAAGAAUAAUGACGGAGUCACUCAUUCUGCUAUUGACAUGCUAUGUGCACUAAUGUGUCCGAUGCAUGAUGACUAUGACUUGAGGCAAGAGCAACUGAACAAAGCAUCCCUUCUCUCUUCCAAAAAGUUUCUGGAAAAUUUGCUAGACAAAUUUAACUCUUAUGUGAACUAUGGUACUGGUGCUCUGGUUAUCAGCUCGCUCUUGGAUUUCCUCACCUUUGCACUCUGUGCUCCAUACAGUGAGACAACAGAAGGGCAGCAGUUUGACAUGUUGCUUGAGAUGGUGGCAUCAAACGGUAGAACUCUUUUCAAACUUUUUCAGCACCCUUCCAUGGCCAUUGUAAAAGGAGCCGGUUUAGUAAUGAAGGCAAUCAUAGAAGAAGCAGACAAAGAGAUCGCAACAAAAAUGCAAGAACUCGCUCUGAGUGAAGGUGCCUUACCUCGACACUUGCACACUGCUAUGUUUACAAUAAGUGUUGAUCAGAGAAUGCUUACGAACAGACAGCUGAGUAGACACUUAGUGGGGUUAUGGACAGCCGAUAAUGCAACAUCUGCUAAUUUGCUGAAACGCAUUUUGCCCUCAGGUUUGUUGAUAUACCUGGACAGUACAGACCCAGUUCCAGAAAAGGAUAUUGACCGAAUGCACAUUAGAGAUAAUUUGAAAAUUGCUUCUGACCAAUUUGGCAAAUUUAGCAAAGUUCCAGAAUGGCAAAGACUUGCUGGGAAAGCCGCUAAGGAAGUAGAGAAAUUUGCCAAGGAAAAAGUUGACCUGGUUUUAUUGCACUGGAGGGAUAGGAUGGGAAUCGCACAGAAAGAGGACAGAAAUAAUAUGAAUGUAAACCAAAAGCCUGUCAUCCUUCGAAAAAGACGCCAACGAAUAAAAAUUGAGUCCAACUGGGAACUAUUCUACUACAGAUUUCAUCAGGAUCAUGCUCGAUCAAACUUGAUAUGGAAUUUUAAAACCAGGGAAGAGUUAAGAGACACACUUGAAGCUGAAAUGAGAGCGUUUAAUGUAGAUCGAGAGCUUGGAAGCUCAACAGUGAUAUCCUGGAACCAUCAUGAGUUUGAGGUGAAAUACGAGUGCCUGGCGGAUGAGAUAAAAAUAGGUGACUACUAUCUACGGUUGCUUUUGGAGGAAGAUGAAAAUGAAGAUACCAGUAUUAUAAAGCACUCGCAUGAGUUUUUCAAUGAGCUCUACCACCGAUUCCUCCUCACUCCCAAAGUGAACAUGAAGAGUCUAUGUUUACAAGCCCUCGCAAUUGUGUAUGGAAGGUGCCAUGAAGAAAUAGGACCAUUUGCAGAUACCAAGUACAUUGUUGGAAUGCUUGAGAGGUGCACUGACAGACUGGAAAGGGACAGGCUCAUCUUAUUUUUAAACAAGCUGAUUCUUAAUAAGAAAAAUGUGAAAGAUGUUAUGGACUCCAAUGGAGUUAGGAUCCUGGUUGAUCUCCUUACCUUAGCACAUCUUCACACCAGCCGAGCCACGGUUCCACUGCAGAGCAAUGUUAUUGAAGCAGCUCCAGAUAUGAAGAGAGAGAGUGAGAAAGAAUGGUAUUUUGGCAAUGCUGAUAAAGAAAGACGUGGUCCUUUUAGCUUUGUUGAGAUGCAAGAAUUCUGGGAUCAGGGAGUAUUAAGUCCCAAAACACGCUGCUGGGCCCAGGGUAUGGAUGGUUGGCGCCCGCUGCAAGUCAUACCCCAACUGAAAUGGUGUUUGCUGGCAAGUAGCCAAUCCGUCCUAAAUGAAACUGAUUUGGCUACACUGAUUUUAAAUAUGCUUAUCACCAUGUGUGGAUACUUCCCCAGCCGGGAUGCAGAUAAUGCCAUUAUUAGGCCAUUGCCUAAAGUGAAAAGGUUGCUGACUGAUAACACAUGCCUGCCCCAUAUCACUGAGCUUUUGCUGACGUUUGACCCCAUCCUGGUAGAGAAGGUUUCCAUAUUGCUCUAUCACAUCAUGCAAGACAACCCACAGCUGCCUCGUUUCUAUCUCACUGGUGUGUUCUUCUUUAUAAUGAUGUACACUGGAUCCAAUGUGCUUCCUAUAGCCAGGUUUCUGAAGUACACUCACACUAAGCAAGCAUUCAGGUCUGAAGAGAGCAAAGGACCAGACAUUUUUCAGAGGAGCAUACUGGGCCAUAUUCUUCCGGAAGCCAUGGUAUGCUAUCUAGAAAACUAUGAACCAGAAAAAUUUUCAGAAAUUUUUCUUGGGGAAUUUGAUACUCCAGAAGCUAUAUGGAGCAGUGAGAUGAGACGUCUUAUGAUUGAGAAGAUAGCAGCCCACUUGGCUGACUUUAGCCCCCGCCUCCAGAGUAACACUAGAGCACUUUAUCAGUACUGCCCAAUCCCAGUCAUCAAUUAUCCCCAACUGGAGAACGAGCUGUUCUGUAACAUCUACUACCUGAAACAUUUCUGUGACACAAUCAGAUUUCCGGAUUGGCCAAUAAAAGAUCCUGUGAAACUAUUGAAGGACACUUUGGAUGCAUGGAAAAAAGAAGUAGAGAAGAAGCCUCCAACCAUGUCCAUUGAUGAUGCUUAUGAAGUUCUUGGUCUUCCUAGAGGACAUGGACAGCAAGAGGAGAGUAAGAUAAGGAAAGCAUACUUUAGACUUGCUCAGAAAUAUCAUCCAGACAAGAAUCCAGAAGGACGGGAUAUGUUUGAAAAGGUUAACAAAGCCUAUGAGUUCUUGUGUACAAAGUCGUCUAAGAUUGUGGAUGGACCAGAUCCAGAGAAUAUCAUCCUAAUACUUAAAACUCAGAGCAUCCUUUUCAAUCGACAUAAGGAAGAUCUUCAACCUUACAAGUAUGCUGGCUAUCCAAUGCUGAUCAGAACCAUCACCAUUGAGACCUCAGAUAAUCAGCUGUUCUCAAAGGUUUCUCUCCUGCCUGCUGCCACCGAGUUGGCAUUUCACACUGUAAAUUGUUCAGCACUUAAUGCAGAAGAACUCAGGAGGGAAAAUGGCAUUGAGGUACUACAAGAAGCUUUCUCUCGCUGUGUGUCAGUGCUGACUGGAUCAAGUAAAACAGAUGAUAUGCCUGUGCAGGUGUGUGGACAUAUAUGCAAGUGUUAUAGUGUUUCCGCGCAGUUUGAAGAAUGCAGAGAGAAGAUUAUAGAGAUGCCAAACAUCAUUAAAGACAUCUGCAGAGUACUGUAUUAUGGCAAGAAGGUCCAAAGACUGGCUGCACUAGCGGUGGAAUGCGUCAGCUCCUUUGCAGUGGAUUUCUUUCUGCAAACACAUUUAUUUCAUGCAGGGAUUUUGUGGCACUUACUCAUUUAUCCUUUUAACUAUGACUUUACGCUGGAAGAAAGUGGUAUUCAGAAAAAUGAGGACACAAAUCAACAGGAAGUUGCCAAUAGCCUUGCCAAACUCAGUCUUCUUGCACUCAGCCGCCUAGGCGGGUAUUUAAUGGGAGAGCUGGAAACGCCUGAAAAUCCAGUAAUACGAAAGAGCUUAGCUGGGAUGCUCACUCCUUACAUUGCUAGGAAACUGUCAGUCUCCUCGCCUACAGAGAUCCUGAAGAUGCUGAACAGUAAUACUGAAAGCCCCUAUCUGAUUUGGAACAAUGGAACAAGAGCAGAGCUUUUGGAAUUUCUUGAAUGUGAACAAGAAAGCAUGACUAAACGCGGAGAAUGUGAUAAAAGUUACGGGGCUGAUUUUGUGUUUAGUGAUCACGCCAAGGAACUUAUUGUGGGGGAGAUUUUUGUACGGGUGUACAAUGAACAGCCCACCUUCCAGCUUGAGGUACCGAAAACCUUUGCAGCAAGUUUACUGGAUUAUAUAGGAUCCCAAGCGCAGUACCUUCACACACUAAUGGCUAUGACCCAGAGUGGAAAAGUGGAGUCUGAUCAGCAUGUAGAUCGAUUGCAAAGGGUUGAGAUGGCCCUUGAGGCUUUGAGAAACGUCAUCAAACAUAACCCUGGGUCAGAGACUGAGUGUAUUGGCCAUUUCAAGUUGAUCUUUUCAUUGCUGCGAGUCCACGGUGCUGGGAAAGUUCAGCAGCUUGCACUGGAGGUGGUCAACAUAGUCACAAGUAAUCAGGAAUGUGUUAACAACAUUGCAGAAUCUAUGGUACUCUCCAGCUUACUAUCUCUCUUACAUUCAUUACCAACAAGUCGACAGCUAGUUCUUACAACUCUGUAUGCCUUAACAUCAAGUACGAAAAUCAUAAAGGAGGCCAUGGCCAAAGGGGCACUAAUCUACUUGUUGGAUAUGUUCUGCAAUUCAACCCACCCCCAAGUACGAUCACAAACAGCAGAGUUAUUUGCCAAAAUGACAACCGAUAAGCUCAUAGGUCCUAAGGUCAGAAUCGCUUUGAUCAAGUUUUUACCAGGGGUCUUUAUGGAUGCUAUGAGGGACAAUCCGGAAGCUGCUGUACAUAUAUUUGAAGGAACCCAUGAAAACCCAGAAUUAAUUUGGAAUGAUAACUCCAGGGAAAAAGUAUCAACCACAGUUCGUGAAAUGAUGUUAGAGCACUUUAAACAGCAGGUAGAAAAUCCUGAUACAAAUUGGAAGCUACCAGAUGAUUUCAGCAUUGCCUUUGGAGAGGCACACGGAGAACUGUCGGUUGGCGGUGUUUUCUUAAGAAUAUUUAUUGCACAGCCUGCUUGGGUCUUACGAAAGCCAAGGGAGUUCUUAGUUGCUCUUCUGGAAAAGUUCACUGAGCUGCUGGAAAAAAACAAUGUUCACGGUGAAACUUUAGAAACAGUGACCACAGCAACAGUUUGUUUGUUCACCGCACAGCCUCAGUUAUUGGACCAGGUCCCACCUCUGGGUCACCUACCCAAGAUCCUCCAGGCAUUGAGUCACAAGAAUAACGCUAUUCCAAAGUGUGCUAUACGCGUCAUCCACACAAUGACUGAUAAUGAGCUCUGUGUUCGAUCAAUGGCUUCUCUUGAAACAAUUGGACCCCUGAUGUGUGGAAUGAAGAAACGUUCAGACAUGAUUGGAUUAGCCUGCGAAUCGCUUAAUAGGAUGUUCCAGAGAGAGCAAACUGAACUUGUUGCACAAGCACUGAAAGCUGACUUGGUUCCAUAUUUACUAAGAUUACUUGAAGGACAAGGCCUUGAGAAUCUGGAAAGCCCUGCAGCCACAAAGGCUCAAAUAGUUAAAGCUCUGAAGUCAAUGACUCACAGCCUACAGUAUGGAGAACAGGUUAAUGAGAUCCUGUCUCGAUCUUCUAUCUGGAGUGCCUUUAAAGAUCAGAAACAUGACUUGUUCAUUUCUGAAUCACAAACAUCAGGAUACCUCACUGGACCUGGAGUUGCUGGCUACCUUACUGCAGGGUCUUCAACAACCGUUAUGCCCAACAAACCACCGCCGGUGGACCAUGAAGUAGGAGAUCUUGGCUAAACAAUGCAGAGUUUACACCAGUGACAUUUCCAAAAAGGAUUGCUAACUUCUUCACAAGGAAAAGAAUCACACACCAUGUCCUCUACUCCCAGGAUUGAUUGAAAGGACUUUUUGUUUGGCCUUUCUUGUUUUACCACAGUGUUAUCUUUUUUUCUUUUUUUUUGUAAGAAAUAUUUUUUAUUUAGAGAAACAUAAAUCCAUCUGGGAUGUGAUUCUGAUGAAGUAUCACUAUGUACUAUAAACAAGAAAGCACUCUGUGGAUCACCUGUUGGGUUACACAAACUUUCACUUUGUUGUCUUUCCUUUUGUAUCUAAGCACAUUCUGUUUCUUUGUAUUUGUUUACAAGACUGUGAAUCAAAAUAAUAAUUCCCUCGGUUCUAAAUUUUAUAUUCCAAGAAUUAGCAAAGCUGUGGUGUAGAAUUAAAAAUAUCUAAAGGGCAUUUGUUUCCGUUCUCUGAAAUGUUUCAAGCAGUUGGGCUCACAGAACAGCGCCGAAUCUUGACAGUGUCCCAGGUGAUUGUGUCCUUUACAAAUCCUUAACACUAUCCUCUCAAGAAUGAAGAGUAUAUGAUAUUCUGUGUACAGCAUAGCUUUACCAAAUAAUAAACAAACGUGAAUAUCAAAAUGUCAGCCUGUUAUGUAAGAACUAUGUGUUAUAAGUAACAUGAUUCCUAUGUUAUUAUCCAGUAUAUACAGCUUUCUAUGAAUGUACAUUAUAGAGAUCAUUCAUUCUUGUACAUAAAAUUUUAAGAAAAUAAAGGGAACUGGAAACCUUGCUGGAAUUUGUCAAAUGCUGCCAUGUUAUCUAAUGUUUUAUAUUAAAAUUGUA